AUGAAUGGUGUUACUUAUGAUACAUUUCAAGAGGCAUGUUCCACCAUGGGAUUCUUGAUAGAUGAUAAGGAGUAUGUUUCUGCUAUUAAGGAAGUCACCGAGUUAGCGUCAGCUGCACAGCUAAGGAGGCUUUUUAUGAUGUUGUUGCUAUCUGGUUCCAUGGGAAGACCUCUAAGACAUAAGCUGCAAUAUCUCGAUCUAACGAUGAGUCAGGACGAGUUGCAAGCAUUUUGUUUGUUGGAGAUUGAGAAACUAUUGCAGAGUAAUGUAAAAUCAUUGAGAAAUUAUGCUGGCAUGCCAGUUCCUAAUAACUCUUUAGUCUCUCAAUUUAGCAAUUUGAUGCUGUUGCGUGAGUUGCAGUAUGAUACUGUUUCUUUGACUCAUGAGUACGAUGCAAAUAUCUUUAAGUUAAAUGAAGAACAGAGGGUGGUCUACGAUAAAAUUAUUGAUUGUGUUUCGAAUAAGAGGAAUGGAUUCUUUUUUUUUGUGUACGGUGGUAUUGCUUCUCUGUUGUUACCUGGUGGUAAGACGGCGCAUUCUAUGUUCAAUAUUCCUUUUGAGCUGACUGAAGACACUGUUUGUCGGAUUAAGAAGGAUAGUCUAAAAGCUGAGAUAGUCCGAUUGGCCGAUUUGAUUAUUUGGGAUGAGGCGCCGAUGACUAACAAAUUAGCAUUUGAAGCGCUCGAUAGGAUGUUGUGGGAUAUAAUGGUUUCAGUCUUUGAUAGGAAUAAAGAUUUACCUUUUGGUAGGAAGGUGGUCGUUCUUGGUGGUGAUUUCAGGCAAGUCUUGCCAGUUAUUCCAAAAGGUUCUCGUGCUGAGAUUGUGAUGGUAUCCAUAAAUUCUUCUAUCCUCUGGAAAUACUGCGAAGUUUUGCAAUUGACAAAAAAUAUGAGGUUAGCAAGUGGAUUGGAACAAUCAACUGCUCAGGAGUUAAGGUCAUUUUUAGAUUGGAUACUUCAAAUCGGUGAAGGUCUAUGUAGAACUCUGGUCAAUGAUAAACUUUUUGUUGAUAUUCCUUCUAAUCUUAUCAUUCCUGUUUUGGAAAAUUCAGUGGAAGAUAUUGAUAGGGCAAUAUUGGCUCCGACUAUCAAGAGUGUUGAAGAAAUAAACAAUUAUAUAGUUGAUUUGUUGCCCGGUGAGGAGAAAAAUUAUCUCAUUACUGAUUCGAUAUGUGAUAGUGAUGCCUAUUUUGAUGUUGAUGUUGAUUGGAUAAAUGUUGAAUUCUUGAAUCAGAUUAGGUGUUCGGGUCUACCUAAUCAUUUGUUGAAGUUGAAAAUAGGCGUGCAUAUUAUUUUGUUGAGGAAUGUUGAUCCAGCUGGGGGUUUGUGUAAUGGAACUCAACUUGUUGUGCGAGAUCUAGCGACAAAUGUGAUUGGUGCGGAUAUUGUUUCUGGUAGCAAUGUUGGGGAUAAAAUUUUUAUCACCAGAAUGAAUUCGAUACCUAGUGAUACGGUUAUACCGUUUAAAUUCCAACGCCGUCAAUUCCCAGUUUCUUUGUCAUUUGUGAUGACAAUCAACAAAAGCCAGGGUCAGACAUUAUCAACAGUCGGUUUGUUCUUGUGUCGUCCUGUGUUUUGUCACGGUCAACUUUAUGUAGCUCUUUCCCGAGUUAGGAAUAGAAAGGGUCUUAAGAUUUUACUUUGUAAUGAAGAAUUAGUUGAUCCUACCAGGAUUGAAAAUGUUGUAUUUAAGGAAGUUUUUGAUAAGAUAUAA